AUGGUAAAACAUGGAGACCAUCGUGCACAGAUCAUAGCCCGGCUGCAAGGUCAAGAGAUACAUGUCCCAGAUGUUCACUACAUAUACUCUGAGUGGGAAGCCAACUUACACCCUGAUGUGGAGCUGUCGAGACAACACCUCGAACGUUACUUUGAAACAUUCAUCAGUACAGAAAGCGUGAGAAAGAAGCAGAGAAAGGUUGACAACGCGCUGUGUGCUGGGCAGUUUUGGCCCCGUGUUUCGAGCGACAAGUUUCUUGUCCUUGGAGAAUUAGUGGCCUGGUUUUUCUUUUGGGAUGACGAGAUUGACUGCGGUACACUUACCGAUGAUAGUGACAAGACGGAGGCAUAUUGUGACGACACACUCAAGUUUAUCAGGCACUGUCUGCAGCCGGAGCUUGAAGGGGACGUACCAGCGCCAGGUCGGUUGCACAAUUGUGGACCUUGGGUCAACAUGGGUCGAGCAAUGCAGGAAGGUCAAUCCAAAGAGGCACGUGACAGGUUUGCAGCAGCGAUCUAUGACUUUGUCAUGGGUGUUCGUGUCUCACAAGCUACGUGGACCCAGGGUAUAUCCACACUCGAAGACUACACUGCACGCCGGCUGAGGACGGUCGGAACGAACCCUUGCGUCGCGGUAAUGCAAUGGGCGUAUGGCCUGACUCUCCCUCAAUCUGUCUGGGACCACGAAGCCAUGAUUUCUAUAACACGCGAGGUCGCCAUCAGCGACUUCCUUUGGAACGACAUUGUAAGCCUCAGAAAAGAGAUCGAAGACGGUGAUAUCGAUUCCGUGAUUCCAGUCAUGGUCUGGAACGAGGGUUGCAGUGCACAAAGUGCUGUUGACCGGUGCGUGAAGAUGGUGGAAGAGAGCUGGGAGAGGUUGCUAGAGGCAGAAAAGAGGUUGAUGGCUGCGCAUUCUGACGAGCCCAAGGAUUCGAGGGACGAAAUCGAGACGUUGGUUGGAAGCUGCAAGGAUCUGAUUGUGGGACACAUGGUGUAUUCUUUGAAAAUACCCCGCAACAUGUCAGCAGCAAACAUGAGUGAUAAAGACUGCAGCUUCCGCAUCGUGUUGUGA